AUGGCGGAUCAUGAUCGCGGACGACCCGGUGGCGGUUAUAAUAAUCGCAAAAGGCGUUAUAGAGAUGACGAUGAAUACGACCGUCGACCACAACGCCGACGUUACGAUGCGCCGCUCCCCGUUCGCAUACGAAAGCAACUCCUUGGUCUAGCCGAGUCUCCUCUACGGCGUUGGCACGAAGAGGUGCAAUCUAUCGCCCAUGUUGUCGCCGACAAUUACGAAGACCAGGAGCUUCGCACAAGCUUUCUGGAGCUAGUACCACAGAUGGUGGUUGAGCAGCCACUAAAGACUCCCUUCGUAGCAGCUGUAAUACUCGUUGUCAACUCCCUCAAACCCGACAUCCUUGCCGACUUGCUUGCUAGGGUCGCAAGUGCGACAGAAGAGAAGGUCAAAGUGGGUGAAUGGCGAGAUGUGAAGCUAUAUCUCAAAUUUCUGGCAUGCCUACAAAGCGCCCUUGACGGUGAAGGCUUGUUUCCAUUGCUUGAAGAACUCUUUAGCCGAGCUGUGGACCUCCAGACUGCUAGCUCCGACGACACAAUUGGAACGGAGCUUGUCAAAAUAAUCCUACUGACAAUACCAUAUAUCAUGGUCGCUGCGCCUGUUCAAUGGCAGCAGAAGGCAGCCGAGCUUAUGGAUAAGACAGACGUCAUCGCUUCCGAACCACACGCGUUGCAAGUCCUCAUCGACCCGUACCACGCCGAGGAAGGAUCAGAGAGUCCAACCGCGAACAUGAGCGUAAUUGGACUCCUGCAAAAGCAGCUUCAAAUCGAAGCACUAAACGGCUGGGAGCUCUCUUGCUUGCCAAGACCAUGGCAAAUGCCCCCCGAGGAGAUCGAACAACAAGAAAAGCUAGACAGCGCACAAAAGCACGCCUUGCCGAAUAUAUCCAUUCCAGAGAAGGUUGUAACUGGACCUCGGCCACUAUUUCCUGAGGUCUAUUUCUCGGUCUACGUUAAUCAGGAGAUCGAAUCCGUCCCACCCGUAAGCAGUAUUGCGUCAUCCCUGAUUCGAGACGGGCUACUCGAUACCAUUAACAUCUUAGACUUUAAUCGCGGCAUCACAGCUCGGUUCCUCAUAGAUGUGGAUUGUUAUUUCGCUCCCGGUACAUUCGUCAAGCGUGCAACACCAUUUGAUCGACUCCGAGACGUAGAGGGGGACCGCUCAACAUGGAAACCAGAGGACGUCGCCGUUGACGCUGUCUUUUCACAGCUUUUUGCACUUCCGACUCCAGAGCACAAGUUUGUUUACUAUCACUCCGUCCUCACGGAGGCCUGCAAGAUCGCUCCCGCAGCAGUAGCACCUAGCUUAGGUCGAGCUAUCCGAUAUUCAUACCAAAAUACUCACCGUCUAGAUGUAGAGUUAUGUUACCGAUUCUUGGACUGGUUCACCCACCAUCUCAGCAAUUUCGGCUUCAUGUGGAAGUGGAUUGAGUGGGUGGACGAUGUCAAUCUUCCAAAUAUGCACCCGCGUAAAGCAUUUAUCUUAGGUGCUCUGGAUAAAGAGAUCCGUCUUAGUUUUGCUCAGCGCAUAAAGGGAACGCUCCCCGAGCCUUAUCAAGCGCUCAUCGGGCCUGAGAAAGAGGAGGACACCCCAGAGUUUAAAUACAAAGACGAUCGUAUACCUUUUGCUGCAGAAGGCAGAGAGAUUGCUUCUCUUCUCAAGCGCAAGGCUCCAGACGAGGAGAUCCAGCCCAUCAUUGACCGAAUUCACUCUGCCGCCCUCGAUCAAUCCAUCGAUCCUCUCGUUUCCAGUACCGAUGUCUUUAUGACCGCAGUAUGUUGGGUUGGCUCCAAGUCUCUCUCGCACGUGCUUGCUUGCAUUGAGCGUACUAAGGAUAGGCUUCUUGAUGCUGGUGCGGCUUCCGAGGCUGCCAGGGCGCAAAUCAUCACUGCGGUCGUAACAUACUGGUCGGCACAUCCAGGAGUCGCUAUUACUAUUGUCGAGAAACUUCUCAACUACUCGAUCAUUACCCCUGGAGCUGUCAUUGAUUGGGCGCUAGUCGGCGAUCGCGCUGGUCCGUACGGCCAGGCUCUUAGUAAAGCUUGGGUUUUCGAGCUUGUCUUUAACACUGUAGUCAAGGUGACUACUCGUCUAAGACAAGUCGUUAGUAGCGGGGCGAGUGAAGGUACCGAGGACGAAGUCGCCGGUAUGCGUGAGCUCUUCAAAAGCAUGGAAGAUGCCUUAGUCAGCUGGGCACAGGGCACCAAGGACCAGAUCAUGGACCCUGUAGUAUCCGAUGGUGGGGAAGAUCUAGUAAAACGUUGGGGCGAGAGGUGGCUCCGAGUCUUCAGACGAAGAUCCGCCAUUGAGGAGACAUUCCUGCUUGAAAACGGGGCCACCUCCUAA